AUGGAGGAGCUACAGAAAGCGGGUCUUUAUAUAGACGACAUCUACAGGCUGCGAGUUCAGGAUCCGAGGAUUGCUAAUCAGACAAUUGAGCUGCGGCAGGAAUGCCUGGAAUACUCAAGAAACCUGCAGGAACUCAAGAAAUUUGGUGAGGACUUCUAUAAGAUAUCCAACAAUUUCGCCAAAGAUGUGGAGAAGGAGAAAUUGCGAGCGAUUGGGACACAGAACCAGCUCAAGACAGUGGCAAAGCAGCGACAGAGCGAGCAGCAAGUAUACCAGAGUCAGAUCCUCGAGCAGACCGUCGAGUUGGAGCGCCUGAAGAGCGAGUACCAAUACCUGCAACGCAUUGAGUCCGAGCAGCAGGACAUCAUCAACAAUUUCUUAAUGAAUCAAUAAAGUAACAUUUAUUUUAACUA